AUGGGUGGUAACUAUUCCGCUAUGGAUCCGCUACAAGUGCCUGUUCCCGAUAUACAAAAUUUAUUCGAACGUGAUGGUUAUUUGAAGCCGUACGAACGUGAAAUCCGACGAAGAUAUGGCUGCUACAAAGACCUAUGGGACCGCAUGGAAUCCUGGGAAGGCGGCGUGGACGGUUUCACAAAAGGCUACAAAUACUUUGGUCCUCAGUUCAACCAAGAUGGAUCAGUAACGUGGCGCGAAUGGGCGCCCGGUGCGCACUGUAUGCAUUUACAAGGCGAAUUCAAUGGUUGGAACUCCAAGAGCCAUCCCUUCAACAAGUUGGAGUUCGGCAAAUGGGAGCUCCACAUUCCCGCCAACGCCGACGGCUCGUGCCCCCUGAAGCACGGCACCCGCGUCCAGAUCAUUGUGAACGACCACCUGUACAGAAUCUCUCCGUGGGCCAGCUACGUCAAACCAUUCGAGGGGUUCACCUACCAACAGUACAUCUAUAAGCCCGACCAGCCGUAUCAGUUCAAACAGCCCAAAGUAGACCGGCCGGCAUCCCUCCGCAUCUAUGAGUGCCACGUCGGGAUUGCAACGCCCGAAGGAAAAGUUGGCGCUUACAACGAGUUCAGAGAUAAUGUGCUGCCUAGAAUUAAAAAACAAGGAUACAACGCAAUACAGCUGAUGGCGAUAAUGGAACACGCAUAUUAUGCGUCUUUCGGAUACCAAGUAACGAGUUUCUUUGCUGCCAGCAGUCGGUACGGGACUCCUUGCGAAUUGAAGCAGUUGAUCGACCGCGCCCAUGAGCUCGGUUUAUACGUGCUUCUUGACGUAGUACACUCGCACGCGUCCAAGAACACGCUAGACGGGCUCAACGAGUUUGACGGAACGAAUGCUGGCUACUUCCACGACGGACCCCGGGGCACGCACUCGCUGUGGGACAGCCGCCUGUUCAACUACUCCGAAACUGAAGUUCUCAGAUUCCUGCUGUCCAACUUGCGGUGGUAUCAAGAGGAAUACCAAUUCGAUGGAUUCAGAUUCGACGGCGUCACAUCGAUGCUGUACCACAGCCGCGGCAUCGGCGAGGGCUUCUCCGGACACUACGACGAGUACUUCGGCCUCAACGUGGACACCGAGGCGCUCGUAUACCUAAUGUUAGCCAACCAGCUCAUACACGGGAUAGAUUCCAGAGCCAUCACCAUUGCUGAGGACGUAUCAGGCAUGCCCGGGUCAUGCCGGCCAGUGACAGAAGGCGGCACCGGGUUCGAUUACCGACUGGGCAUGGCCAUCCCUGACAUGUGGAUCAAGCUGCUCAAGGAGGAACGCGACGAUGACUGGAAGAUGGGUCAUAUCGUACACACACUCACCAACAGACGCUGGAUGGAAGGAACCGUGGCCUACGCCGAGAGUCACGAUCAGGCACUAGUAGGCGACAAGACCAUCGCAUUCUGGCUAAUGGACGCCGCUAUGUAUACUCACAUGAGCACACUCAGUGAACCCAGCCCCGUGAUCGAGCGCGGCAUGGCGCUACACUGCAUGAUCCGACUCAUCACGCACGCGCUCGGAGGGGAAGCCUACCUCAACUUCAUUGGCAACGAGUUCGGUCACCCCGAGUGGUUAGACUUCCCUCGCGCCGGCAACAACUCUUCGUACCACUACGCGCGUCGCCAAUGGAACCUGGUGGACGAUGACUUACUCAAAUACAAGUUCCUCAACCAGUUCGACAGAGAUAUGAACCAACUAGAAGAGAAGCAUAAGUGGCUCAGUUCGGCUCCGGCCUACGUAUCGUGCAAACACGAUGGUGACAAAGUGAUUGCGUUCGAGAGGGCGGGUCUCUUGUUCGUAUUCAACUUCCAUCCAUACCAGAGCUUCACUGAUUAUAGAGUUGGCGUCGACGUACCAGGAAACUAUAAGAUUAUUCUAUGCUCAGAUAGUAAAACGUAUGGUGGUUUCGGUCGUGUAGAAAUAGACGGUGAAUCACAUCUGACGCAAGAUCAUCCAUGGGCCAACCGUAAAGACUCAAUUCAGGUAUACAUCCCUUGCAGAACCGCAAUUAUUUAUGCCCGAAGUGAUUAG